AUGGCGCGGCCUUACAAGGUAAAAAUGGCCCGUGUGACCAAGCGCGACUCCAACGCGACGGUCUGGGAGGAGGAGGAGGCGUCUGCCACCGUCACUGUAGACAAGCGUGGAAAACGAACACAACAAAACCCACUGGACAAAGAUUCUGUGAGUGGUGUGGCGGCGUGUCGCACCACUCCCGCCUUUACUCCCACUGGCCAUAAAGGGGGACCCCCUGAUCAGCUCCAGCUGGGGGUGAUAUGCAGUGAGAGUGGAGGCUCCCCCGCGGCGUCCAUGAUCGAGUUGGCAUGGAAAAUCAAGGAAAACACAACUCUAGCAUUAAUGAAGCAAUACAACUACGACGCGACGACAGAGGAAGUGACAUUAUUAGUACUGGCAGCAUCACCCUCACCACAGACGUCCACCAUUAAGAUCAACGCCUCAUCUGACAACGACGACAACAACGACACCAAAGACGACGACGACAGCAACGACAACAAAGACGACGACGACAACAACUACGACAACGAGAGCAAAGACGACGACGACAGCAACGACAACGACAACAAAGACGACAACGACAACAACUACGACAACGAGAGCAAAGACGACGACGACAGCAACGACAACAAAGACGACAACGACAACAACUACGACAACGAGAGCAAAGACGACGACGACAGCAAAGACAACGACAACAAAGACGACAGCGACGACGACAACAAAGACGACGACAACAACAAAGACGACGACAAAACAACAAUAAACACCAUCUCUAACAAAAACUCAAGAUAUAUAUACUGA